ACGGUUUAGAGUAACACCACCUUUUAUGUUAAUGUGUAGUGCGGGGAAGUCAUCUCAGAAAGGUCAAAACUGGGGUGGAGGAGGUUACUAUAAGAAGACAAACACAGCCCUCAGUGAAGGAAAACCUAGACCUGCAAUUGAAGCUGAAGGAGCUUUUUAUUUUCAGAUUUCCAUCACAGUGACCAUGGCUGAGUACAAGCUAGAGGUGUCAACAGGUGACAUUACAUAUGCAGGAACAUGGGACCACAUAUAUGUCACUUUAUUUGGAACUGAAGGGCAGAGUGAGCGAACUGAGUUGGACAACUACGGCACUGACUUUACAACUGGGACAACAGGGACCUAUACUGUGAAAACCAGUAUGUCUCUGGGGACACUGCUCCUAAUCAAGGUGGAGAAAGAUCCGUUUUUUGUUCUCCCAGAAGAUGAGUGGUACUGCUCCAAAAUAAUAGUGAUGACACCAGAGGGAGAUGCCAUUCUUUUCCCUUGCUACAGAUGGGUGUCCAGGGGAGAACUGGUGGAGCUGAGAGGAGGGAGAGCCAUUAAGGUUUUUGAGGAGAACCAUCCUGUGUUGAUUGACCACCGGAAAAAUCAGCUGACACUUAAAAAGAGCCUUUACCAAUGGGAGAUCACUAAUGAAAGAUGGCCACACAUCAGCAGUUUUAAACAUACAUCUGAGCUACCAGCUGAACUCAUCUUCUCUAUGUCCAAAUCAAUGGAAAUACAGUACAUAAAGAAAAUAGCUGGUGCUGAACUCAUGUUUAAGGGGCUGGCUGGAUCUACUGAACAAUGGAAAAGCAUUGAGGACAUGAAACAAAUCUUCUGGUCCCAAAAGACAACAAUGUCAGAGUACGUUAAAGAGCACUGGAAAGAGGAUGACUUUUAUGGAUUCCAAUUUCUGAACGGGAUCAACCCUAAUGUGAUCAAGCGCUGCUCAGAGCUUCCUCCAAACUUUCCAGUCACAGAGGACAUGGUGAAGCCGUUUCUGAAAGAGGGUACCUCUCUGAAGGAGGAAAUGACGAAAGGCAAUAUAUUCCUCUGUGACUUCAAGAGGAUGGAUGGAUUACCCACCAAGUUGUCAGAUGGUGAAUCUGUGCAUGUGACUGCUGGUUUCUGUUUGUUCUACAUGAACCCAGAGAACAAACUGAUGCCAAUUGCAAUACAGCUGCAACAACAACCCUCUGAGCAGAAUCCCAUCUUUCUGCCCAGUGACCAGGAGACUGACUGGCUGCUGGCCAAGAUGUUUAUUAAAAAUGCAGAUUCCAUGCUUCAUCAGUCUGUCUAUCACUUGGUUAACACUCACUUACUGGCAGAAGUCUUCAGUGUUGCUGCUCUCCGCAGCUUCCCUGAGAUUCAUCCCCUCUAUAAGCUGCUGAUCCCUCACGUCCGCUACACUCUCCAAAUAAAUACUUUGGCCCGUAAAUCUAUUUUUGGACCUGACGGGAUUUUAAGUAGAAGUUCACUUGGACAUGAGGGGAUGACAGAGGUCAUUGGAAGGUCUCUCUCUGAGACGACCUACAGCUCCCUCUGUCUGCCAGACAACAUCACUGCACGAGGACUGGAGUCUAUCCCCAACUUCUACUACAGAGAUGACGGCCUGAAGCUGUGGAACAUCAUCAACAGAUUUGUGAAGGCAAUAGUGGGGUACUAUUAUCCUUCAGACAGUGAGGUGUGUAAAGACUCUGAACUGCAGGAAUGGAUCCGUGAGAUAUUCACCCAUGGCUUCUUAGGAAACAAAGCCUCAGGGUGUCCAGGAUGCUUUCAUGCUGUCAAGGAAGUGAUCAGGUUCAUUACCAUGGUGAUCUUCACAGUGACGGCUCAACAUGCUGCAGUGAACAGUGGGCAGUUUGACUACCACUCCUGGGUGCCUAAUGGUUCGAUCCUGCUGCAAAAACCUCCUCCAACCACAAAGGGGCAGUCAAGCAUGAAGACAAUUUUGGAGACGCUGCCAAAUGUGGGAGAGACAGCCAGCCUUGCAACAGCGUUUUGGAUACUUUCAGAAAAAUACACAGACAUGGUUCCCCUGGGUACGUACCCUGAAGAGCGCUUUGAUGAGGCUCCACCUAAGCAGAUGAUUAAAGAGUUUCAAAAGGAGUUGUCCAACCUCAGUGAAGCAAUUACAACCAGAAACUCGCAGCUUAAAGUGCCCUACAUCUAUCUGAACCCUGCUGAAAUAGAGAACAGUAUAACUAUUUGAGUCUGAGGGAGCCACUUUUCCCUUUCUGUACUAGUGAACAAUAUCCAUACCUUUUUCAAAACUUGUCUUAUAUGCUGGGUUGAGUUUCAAACUUUGACUUUGGUAAAUAAAAAAGGUGAGGUGGUAGAGACUUACAGUGCUGCUUGAAAGUUUGUGAACCCUUUAGAAUUUUCUUUAUUUCUGCAUAAAUAUGACCUAAAACGCAAGUCCAUAGUUUACACAAGUCCUACACAAGUCCUUCAUGGACUCAUGAACACUGACUGUAGCCACUGCAAGAGAGGCUUGUAGUUUCCUAGCUGUUACCCUGGGGUUCCUUGUGGCCUCCCGGACUAUUACGCAUCUGCUCUUGGUGUGAUCUUUGUUGUUCAACCUCUCCUGGGGAGGGUAACAAUGGUGUUGGAUGUCUUCUAUUUGUACACCAUCUGCUGUCAACUGGUGGAGUCCAGACUCUUUAGAAAUGGUUUUGUAACCCUUUCCAGCCUGAUGAGUAUCAGCAACUCUUCCUCUAGAUCCUCAGAAAUCUCCUUUUUUCGAGCCAUGACACACUUCCACAAACCUGUGUUGUGAAGCUCAGACUUUGAUAGUGAAGACCCAGAUUUCUCUUCUUUAAAUAAGGUAGGACCUCCGACACUUGAUUGAAACACUCGCCUCUCAUUUCUGUGUAAGGUUUUUGUCUCAUUUGUUUAAUUGAUGUCUCUAUCUAGUUUUAGGACUUGCAUGGAAAUCUGAUCAUGUUUUAGGUCAUAUUUAUGCAGAUACAGAGCACAUUCUAAGGGGUUCACAAACUUUCCAGCACUGUAUAGCGACAUGCUGCACGCUGGGAGAAGACGACCAUAUUUUGGUUGUAUCAUGUUAAGUGGGCCUAUUGUAGGGUGCCUGUAUCUUUGUGUGAAUUACUGUAUGUAUUACAUAGACCUCUCUUUAGGAAUAACUUAAAUUAAAAGUUUUGGUUGCAAGUGUUUAAGCAUCAGCUUGGACCCAUGUAUGAAUGAGUCCACAAAAGCAAACAUAUGGUGAUCAACAAUGACAUAAUGCAAUGAAAUGUAACUAGUUGGUACUCCUUUAAUAAAAUAGGUUUUCUGUCA